AUGAAUAUCUUCGGGACAGCAGCUACUUUUUCCAUGUUUUACAGCUUUUUACGUGCUUCGACAUCCUCCAAUUCAGCAUGGCUUUGUUCCAUUGUCGACCCCUCUAAUGGUUACACGGUGCUUCAUCUAGCUGCUCUUUUGGGUCAUACGGAGAUAGUGAAGAUUUUGCUAAAUGUUGAUUCGCAAAUGCUACGAAUAAAAGAUCGACGGGGAUGUUUGGCUAUUCAUCUUGCGGCAUGGAAUGGCCAUGUUGAAGUAUUACAGGCUCUAAUUGAUGCUGAACCAAAUACUGUUGAUGCAGUAAACAGCGCAAAGGAAUCACCAUUACAUCUUUCCGCGCAACAUGGUCACGGCAAAGUCGUCUCCGUCUUGCUUGCUAAGCAUGCAGACGCUAGAAUGAGGAAUGCUCGUGCUGAAACAGCUCUCGAUGUAGCUGCUAGGUUUGGAAAAGCAAAUGUCUGCCGCUUGAUUAUUUGUAAUUGUCCGGAAUUAGCGCUACAAAGUGCUUCGGAAUGCGUGACAACAGAUCUAGGAAAGUCCCGACAUCUAGCUCAAGUAGUAUAUCCAUUACAUGCGGCAGCUCGUCACGGCCAUCUUGAUUGUCUCGAAAUACUAUGUAAUUCCGGAUUUGAUCUUAACUACGUUACGGAGGAAGGAAGUGCGUUGCAUGUCGCUGCUUUAUUUGGAAAAGUUGAAGCGGUUAAAUUGCUACUUCAAGAAGGUAUAAAUGUUGAUAUCAGAGAUGGACAAGGGCGCACUGUUUUAGAGACCUUAGCAGAACAUGAAAACGAGAAAGCAUCUGAUCUUACGCAAGUUAUUCAAAGUCGGGAAGGAUGGUCAGAAUGCCGCAAACUUAUUGAAGCCUACGUUCGCGAACAAAAAGAGUCUACACAUGGGAAAGUUGGCGCAGAAAACUAUCCAGUUUAUUUAAAUCUCUCCCACUGUACAAAAUAUGCUGUCAAUCCAAAAGAUAUUGUGUGGAGGCCAAUACCAGAGAACUCUACAGCUCGGCAUCAAGUAUUUCGGCCUCGUGUGCAUCAAAAUCUUCUAGUACCUGGGGAUGAUGCUGUUUCAGACAGUGAUACGCUGCAUCCGCCAUCAACUGCGGAUAAUAAGGUUACAUUACUUGGUGACGCGCAAAAUAUUGAUGACUUUUCGGCAUUAAGUUUGUCAACAUCUCUUUUGGAACCAUCUGAUUCUCAGUUAGGUCCACAUUCAUCUCCUAGCCAAGUUCGAGGUUUUGGUGUGGAAAAUGGUGUUUCUCGGAUCUCAGUUGGAUCAUCAGGAACUAAGUAUCGGUAUGCAGCUCAGAAAAAUGGAAUCCCUUUACCUAGGAUGGGAAUUGGUCGCACAUCUUUAAAUUCAGAUGCAAUUACGUCAUGCUCUUAUCAAGCUCCUCCUUCAUAUGAUGCUUGGCAAAAUCCACAUGUUGGUCUAGGUUAUAGUGUAAUAAAUCCACCAUAUUUUCUGGCUUAUGAUAACGUUCCACGCAAUUAUCUUAUGUAUGACAAUGCUCCACCACCUGGGCAUCGACGUUGGCAGCAUGUUUGCGAAGAAAAAGCAUUAAAAAAAUGUGGAUGUGGAAAUGAUGGAAAAAGUUUUGCCGUGUCAUCAUGUAAUGUCAAAUCAAAUGGUACGCAAACCGUGUCACCUGUGAAAUCAGUUCAUCAUCUUUCACCACAAUUAGAAAAAACUUUCAAACCAGAACCAAAUCUUCGACAAAGCGAAAUAUCUGAGACUGAUAUAAGUGAGAAAGAUGAUGGUUACCAUGAUAAAAUUAGCCCGCAGACAAUAUCUCCUGGAGAUGUCAGCAAUACUCUACCAUCUGGAACAGCUUCUCUUGCUCAAGGUCGCGCACCCUUAGCACUUCCAGAAGAGAUUUCAGUAUCAGCGUCGGCGAGCAUAUUGUCAAUACAAAAUUUCCCGGAUAGAUGUCAUAUGGAAGACGGUAAACGAAGAAAACAUUCACGCUCCUCGCAUGACGAAAGUUCUAAACCAAACUGCAUCUCAACAAUUUAUGCUGCUACUUUUCCACAGAAACUCUCGAAAACGAAUGAUCCGAAGAUUAAAGCAGCUGAAAGCGAAAAUGACUCUGAGAAAGGAAAUGGGAAAUCUGAACUUGAUCAUCUUCCAAGCCCUGAAACUGCCGAGUCACGCAUUCAUCAUUUUCUUUGUAGCCAGGACUGUGUUAAAGAGCACUUACCACAAUCUCCAACCAUAAGUAAAAGGUCUCAGUAUAUACAAAAAAAUCCAUUAUCUCCAUCUUCAACAGCGGAAUCAGAUUGUACAUUGGCAUCUUCAUGCUCUUUACCUGUAAUAUCGCAUGUUUCAUGGACACCACCAUCAGUGGUAUCUCCAUCACAGGAAUGCAGUCAGAUUCUUAAGCAGUCCAGUGUGGAUGAUCAGUCGUUUUCUUCUGUGGAGGUACGAUUACGAACUGCUUCUAUUCCAACACAUGGUAGCGUCAACAAAGAAGUGUGUGAAUUAUCAACUGCAAGUGAUGACGAACAGCAUGGAAAAACAAAUAAUUCACAAGCACAUUUCAUAAAAGCCAGAAGAGUUUCAACCCGGCAUAGUUCUUUAGAUGAAAGCAUAGAAUGGAAGAAAAUCAAUGAAAUAAUGGAGUCUUUUGGUGGCGCAGUUUGUCGAGAAUCAGUGUUUGCAGCUCAGUAUGAACCAAAAGUAGCUAUUUAUCUCAGGGAUCGCAGGUCUCGAGCUUUGACUCUUCAGUUAAGUGGAUCACAGUCAACACAAAUUAAGCGGCCAUAUGAGAGUGAUAAAAAACAUCGACAACUACAGGGAGUAAAUGCUGUGGCUGAAUGGUUGAAUGUUUGUGUUGGAAUACCUAAUCCAAGGGCCAUGGAAAUAGCUGAAAUUCUUGAAAACAAUGGCUUUGACAACGUCCAUCACAUGCAAUCAACACUUGAUCGUGCAGCAAUGCAAGAAAUUGGAUUCGACAAAUCAACACAACAUCAAAUUGGAAUGUAUCUGGAAAAUUAUCCAGAUACUUAUAUUCCGAGUGCAAAUUCAUUUACAUAUGUUUCUGAUUGGUUGCAUUCGUUGGAUUUGGAGGACUAUCUUGGUCAUUUUGUAAGUGGUGGGUUAACAACGAUGUUAAUCGUCUUUGCUAUUGAUUCGACCCGGAAGCAUUUAAAAGUAUUAGGAAUAACAAAACUGGGUCAUCAAAAAAGAAUUUUGAAUUCUUUAAAAAAAGCAAAGGAGGAAAGACGUCAAAGGGCAGCAGAACAACGGGCUGCAGCAGUAGCACAAGAAGAAGAAACUGAUAGUGGGCAAGAAAGCAGGAGUACGGCUCAUUCGUCGUCAAGUAUUCAUUUGCCGCAGUCAAUGGUUGUUGGAGAGCAUCAAACUGAAUGGCAACAUUCAUCAACGACACUUAUUGAGGAUUGUGUAUCAUAUUCUGCUCAUUAUCUUGGAUCAAUGGAAAUAUCAAAUAUUGAAGGAACAGAAGAUUCUCGCCGAGCUAUGAUUAAACUAAAAAAAGGUAUUCGUGAAAUAGCUAAGGUUCCUCAUGUAUUACUCGAAAUCUCAGUAUCAGGAGUGCGGGUACUUGAUGCUGUCACAAAGCAACUUACUGUCGAACAUGAAAUAACCCAGAUCCAGAUAGUUUGCCAAGACGAGAGAGAUUUAAAUUGUUUUGCUUACAUAUCUCAAGAUGGAGAUCGGCAUUUCUGUCACGUAUUUUGUGUGCUAACUGCUGAUGUGGCCACUGAAAUAAUAAUAACAUUAGGACAAGCGUUUGAAGUAUGCUAUAGAAUCACGAGUACAACAUAUAUGAAUGAUGAGCGGAAUAUUGUUGAGCCAGUUGUUUAA